CGAGGAGGCCGUGUUCGAAGUGGAACACAGCGCUGCUCAGCGGACGUGGCGCGAACCAGCGGACAGGUUCUGUGUUGUUUACUAUUGGCCUGAAAGUUGAAGUGACGGGCGAGGGGCGACGGCCAGAAGGUGGGAGGAGAUCUGGUGUGAUGUUGUUAAGUGUGGGAGCGGAGUGGGACGAUAAACAGUGCACCUCAGACCUCGCUACGUGGCAGGAGCCCAGCGCACCUCGCGCACACGUAACUUUUCCCCUGACAGCGACAUGUUGGACGCGGAGCUGCUGAAGAAGGAGCUGGCGCCUCACGGCCAGGAGCACCUGGUGCGCUUCUGGGGCGAGCUGUCCGAGGCGGAGCGCGAGCAGCUAUGCGCCGACGUGCGCGCCGUCGACGUGGCGGAGGUGGUGGAGUACUUCCGGCGCACGCAGGAGACGUCGCGGACCGACCAGCAGAAGCUCGACGACCGCAUGAAGCCCAUCCCGCCGCACAUCCACGGCUCGGCCGUGCGCAGCGGGCCCCGCGAGAUCGCCGCCUACGAGGCGGAGGGGCUGCUGCAGGUGUCGCGCGGCAAGGUGGGCGUGCUGCUGAUGGCCGGGGGCCAGGGCACGCGCCUGGGGGUCACCUACCCCAAAGGCAUGUACGACGUGGGGUUGCCUUCGCACAAGACCCUGUACCAGCUGCAGGCUGAGCGCAUCCUCCGACUGGAAGAGCUGGCCUACAGCCGCACGGGCCGGCGGGGGUCUGUAGCGUGGUACAUCAUGACCAGCGAGGCCACGAUGGAGCCCACCCUCCGCUUCUUCGAGCAGCACGCCUACUUCGGUCUCGACCGCAGGAACGUCGUGGUGUUCGAGCAGGGGCUCCUGCCGUGCUUCACCUUUGACGGUAAGAUAAUCCUCGAUGGCAAGAACAGGCUGUCUAAAGCCCCAGAUGGCAACGGGGGACUCUACCGGGCUCUCCGGGAGGAGAAGGUUCUCGAUGACAUGGAGCGGAGGGGCAUCGAGUACCUGCAUGCACAUGCCGUAGACAACAUCUUGGUUAAAGUUGCGGACCCGGUGUUCAUUGGCUAUUGCAUCAAGAAGGGGGCGGACUGUGGGGCGAAAGUAGUCGAGAAGACGAACCCCACAGAGGCUGUAGGGGUGGUGUGUGAGGUGGACGGGAGGUUUCAAGUGGUGGAGUACAGCGAAAUCACUCCGAUGACCGCAGAGCGAUGCAACAACGAUGGUCGCCUGACAUUCAGCGCGGGCAGCAUCUGCAACCACUUCUUCACGCGGCAGUUCCUCCGGCAUGUCGCCGACCGUCACGAGAGGAAGCUGCGGCUGCACGUUGCCAAGAAGAAGAUCCCGUACGUGGAUGCGAGCGGCCAUCGAGUCGUCCCGGAUAAGCCCAAUGGCAUCAAGAUGGAGAAGUUCGUAUUUGAUGUGUUCCCGUUCUCCGAGCGCUUCGUGACGUGGGAAGUGGACCGCACUGAGGAGUUCAGCCCGGUCAAGAAUGCAGACUCCACAGGGAAGGAUUGUCCGGCGACCGCUCGGAACGAUCUGUUUGCCCUCCACCGACGGUACCUGGAGUUGGCCGGUGGGAUGGUCACAGAAACGGAGGAAGACUUUGUGUGUGAGAUUUCGCCGCUGGUGUCGUAUGCCGGGGAGAAUCUCGAAGGUAGUGUUGCAGAUGCUAAGUUGCGGUCGCCGAUCGUCAUUUGGGCAGAAGGGGAAGUCCCAGCGAGCAACGGCACUGUGAACGGCACUGCUGGUUACAUCAAUGAAAUUCACGCUUAUGCUUGAAUAUUUUCGUCGAAAAGUUUCUGUGUGAUUUUGGCAAUCUUUGGAGAGCAGCUACUCAAUCAGCUAUUAUAAAAUUCCAGUGUUUUAAGACAGUUGGUUGCUGUAUAAAUUUUUAGUGUUAUAUACAGAUGUGCUGGAUUUAUCGAAGGAACACUGCUGUUAGGUAUGGCAUUGUGGACCAACGAGUAGUGUAGAGUGGUUGGCCUCUGCAUUAUGCCUCCAAGGCUGUGCCGGCUGGGAAGUGAAAGCUGUGAGCCGCCGGCAUCUCGUAAUGGCACGGCAUGCUGCCGACUCUUGCACAACCACGCCCGCCCGGCCCACACUUUUACUUUUAUUCCCCAUGCCCGACUGCCUUGGAUCAGCGCUGACUUUGUUACCACAUCCUCGCCAUGUGGUCUGCAGACCACGCUCAACAAACAGUAUUUCUUUCAUUUCAGACAUGAAUAUUUGCUGUCAUUCUGGUGGGGGAUGGGUUUGCUUUCUUCAAUUGCAUCUGUCUUUUAAUUAAUAAGCCUAUAAUGAUAUAUUUAUUUAGACAAAUCAUGUGGUGCAAGUGUACAGACCUUAAAAUUUUAUUUUUUUAACUGUCAGAUAAUUUUGAUGUCAUAUUUUAUAUAAUGGUUUAUGUAUGUACCUGCUUUUUAUUAUUGUUAUGAUUUUAUAAAAUAUUGUUUCAUUGUUUGCUGAUAAAUAUUCAUGAUGUCCUUGUAGUUUAUCAAAUUGUAAACAAGUUUCUUGUUAAAGUGCUGUGAUAUCACUGGAAGAGAAACUACUUUCUAAUGUGGUUAGAAAGUUUGGUCACCAACUGGAACACCAUACUUUCUGUCUCUAAAGUCAUAACAUUUGGCCUUCAGAAAAUUUUUGUUUUUAUUUAUUUUUUAAAAAGAUUUAUUAGACAAAUUUACUAGUUAAAAUGUUUUAGAAUGCAUAAGAAUUAUUAGAUAUUUGUUGAUGCAAUGUCAUAUUAUAUUACUGAUACUAAUUGUUUUUAUCAUUGAUCUAGAAUUUAUUUGUUGUUGGCUUUGUACUUAAAUUAUUAUGAAUCAUAUUUAAAUGUUAUGUAAAUAAAUCCCAGUUUAGGUCCUUCUUGCCUGUACCCAUUUCCUAGAGAUUACCCCAUAUGUGUUAUAGUAUUGCCCUUGUGUCCAUGUUUUAGGUACUAUUAUUAACUAGGGUUUUUAUAAUAAAGUUCAUAUCAUUAU